CUCCCCUUCGUCGCUCGCUCUAAGGGGCGUCCAUCACCUCCCUUUCCCUUUGCUGGCUCCCUCCAGUGUUUGGUUCCUCCUCUGAAUGUCUCCCCCGGGGGUGAUACCGGAGAUAUUUUCCUUCGACCAUCAAUAACAUCUCGCUGCUUUGCUAAGUUUAAAACAGAAUUUUCCGCGAGGUUAAGUUUUUCAUUUUUUGAACGCUCGGUAAAACUUUGAAAACUUUCGAUUGUACAUACAAAACCAGAGGGUCGAUAAUUCAGUUCCUUCAUAACUAAUACGUUUAAUAUACGAGAUACUUCAGUGAGAGAAAAAUAUUUUGUGAUAUACCAGGAAAUACAUAUAUAAAUUUAAAAGUUUAUUGCUUGCAACUUUCGGCCCGCUAAGUAAAUUUGCAUAACAUUAGUACUUGCGGACCAAUUUUUAAUGUAGCAAAUUCGUGCAGCUGUUCCCUAUCUCCAAGUGAUCUUCCAGCAUUUGAUUAAUGAUAAGCUGUGAGUAAUGAAGAAGACUCUUGAAUCUUAAGAUGGAGCCAGGUUGGACCAGCUUAGUCUCGCGAGACAUGUUUAAAGCCCGAGUUCGGUUGGAUGAUUUAUUGGGUUUAUAAUCUGUCUACUACAUGGUGGUUAUUAAGGCUUUAUAUCGCCUGUAUACCAUCAGCCAAGAAUAUUUUCACCCUUAAUACUGAGAUUUACGCAAGCUCCAAAUGUGUAUGUACAUGCUGAGAUAUAUAUACGCCUACAAGUGUAUUUAGAUUACUUCUUUCAGUGUUUUACACGCCAGAAGAAAUAUUCUCAGAAUAUUUACAAAGUGCCGUAGCUCGAUUUUUGUGUCGUGUUUUGUAGGAGUGUCUCUGAUGACUGAAGAGAAAAUGCUACAGUAAAAAUGCUACAGUAUAAAUGCUACAGUAAAAAAGAUACAGUAAUUCUUGUCAUCUUGACCUAGUGAAUGCACUUUAUUUCGUAAUAGAGAAUGAUUUUUAUCAUGCUCUUGCUGUCGUAAAACAAAAAUAUAAAAACUUCCAUAUCUUGAGUAUACUAAAUGUUGAAAAUUUGCGUACAUUCAAAUCUUUCGAAUCUUAGAAAACACAAUAGACAGCCCUCUGAUUCUGAUACUUAAGUUGUAGAAUCAUUAUGGAAAAUUAAAUAUAUCUUAAACCAAAAAAACAAAACAAAAAAACUUCCGUACCUUAUGUAUACUAGAAGUUGAAAAUCUGUAUACAUUCAAAUCCUUUCCGAAUCUUAGAAAAUACAAUAGACGGUUCUUCGAUUCUAAUGCUUAAGGUAUAGAACUAUUAUGAAAAAUUAAAGAUCUUUUAUACAGAGGCAAAAUGAUGUCAGUGAAGGUAGUGUUAAUAUCCUGACCUCGUCAGGCGAGAGUCUAUCGAGUGGUGAACCAGUGAGGUAUGAAGAGACCAGAGAGAGGUGUGCCAAGCGUUCACCUCGGCUGUGAACGAGGCGUUCACCUGUACGGUUCAGGUGUGAACGCUCCGCAAAUCAUGCUCUUCCAUCGUCCCCUCGUUGUAGUGACCUUUCUUCUCGUUGCCAUGGCAACCGUACAUUCACAGGAAGACGAAGUGUGGUCAGUGACAGGUGUGGCCGGACGCUCCUGUGACCUUCCCUGCUACCUCAGUCCUCGCACACCAGGUGACAGACCCAAGCUCAUUCUCUGGUACAAACGAGGAACUCGCACCCCAGUCUUUAGCUACGAUGGUCGGGCGCCACAGCACAAUUCCAGUUUCCAGCAGGAGGGCGGAGAAGUGAGGGUGAGCAGAGACGCGGCUACACUCACAAUUAAGAGCGUAGGCGUGGAGGCCGCGGGCGUGUAUGAGUGUCGUGUGGAUUUUUUUAAGUCUCCCACCCACACCAGUCUCGUCAACCUCACCAUUAUCGAGCCUCCUAAGAGUGUGGAGGUAAUGGACAGCCAGAUGGGGUUGGCCAGGGACGGCAUUAUUGGUCCUUACUACGAGGGACAAAAGAUUAUUGUUACCUGCCUCUCUAGGAAAGGCACGCCGCUACCCAAUGUGACGUGGUGGCAGGGAGAGCGUCUGCUAGACAGUGUGUGGGAGGUGGUUGGUCCUAGCGAGGUGCAGAACAACCUGGUAGUGGAGAGGUUGACCCGGGAGUGGCACAACGCUACGCUAACCUGUCGUGCAGCCAACACCAACCUCGCUCAACCUGUCUCCGUCCACGUCGUCGUCAAGAUGUACUUGUUACCAACUAGUGUGGUCAUCUCCAACCCCGGGGCCACGAGAGUGGGAGGUCAGCUGAUGCUGGUGUGUGCAUCAAAAGGCUCCCGACCACCUGCUUCCCUAAGUUGGACCUUGAACGGACACUCGGUGACCCCAUAUAAAGAGGGUCCAGAGUAUAACCCAGGCAGCAGUUCAGUCAGCACCUCGACGCUAGUGAUCAACACCACCAGAGAACAUCAUGGAGCCAAGGUGGUGUGCCAGGCCAAGAAUCCCACUAGACCGAAAUCCCCGCUGUCCAACUCUACUACACUCAUCGUGCAUUAUCCACCGACAGUGAAGGCCACUCUGGGUCGAUCUUUGAAGCCGUCGCUACUGAAGGAGGGAGACGAUGUCUAUUUCGACUGCAUAGUUUCUGCGAAUCCAGAAGCAUCUACCAUCACUUGGUACCAUGAGGAGUAUUCUAUCGCAGUUUUGUACCUCAAUAUAAGUGUCCUCACGAGCCUGUAA